CAUGGUGAUCGAGGUGGUGGUGCCGCUGGACAGCUCCGGCUUGGCCCGGUUGCUGCGGGACCCUCAGGAAAGUUGCCGGACCUUGGUGCUGGACUGCCGGCCAUUCCUGGCUUACUGCCAGGCGCACCUGCUGGACGCCCGGCCGGUGCAUUGGAACGGGCUGCUUCGGCGACGGUCGCGGGGCCGGAGCGGCGUCAGCUUGGAGUGGCUGGUACCGGACCGGGCGCUCCUGGCUCGGCUCCGCAAGGGCGAAGUGGCGCACCUGGUGGUGCUGGACGAAACCGGCGGGUCCGUCUCGGCUCUGCGGCCCGACAGCCUUGCCCGGCUGCUACUCAACGCGCUGCUGCGGGAGGAGAGGGCCGCCGCCUCGCACAUUUACCUGCUGCAAG